GAUAUUUUUACUGAAAACAAGACAAAAAUACCAAGUAAUUUUUUGCAGUGUGACUCCAUUAAAUGUGUGUGUGUGUGUGUGUGUGUGUGUGUGUGUAGAUUAAACAUGAACGGGCCAAAACGGACAUGGCAGCAGGUCAAAAUCAAAUACAAGAACAUUCUGCAGAAUGCAGUGAAAAAGAAUACCCACAGACAAGGCACGGGUGGUGGGUCACCAAAGGCUGACCUUACCCCAGCAGAGGACAUGGCCUUGGAGCUAAAUAAAGGCAGGCCCGUCUUAGAGGGGAUCCCUGGGGGGAAAGAGACGAGCAUAGGUUCCUCCCAAGAUGCCACCCGCUUCAUUCAAGUGUCUGGCAGCACUGUGUUCCUGUUAGAGCCACCAGCACAAGCACCAGACGAUGCUGAUCCAGGUGAAGGCCCCAGUGCAACAGCACAUGAUGGAGACGAUGAUGAGGAGGAGACCAUCUCUCUGGAUUCCAGAAGGCAUGAGGACCCAGAUGCUAUACAGUGGGAAAACCAGCCUGGCAACAUAAGCUCACAAGCUAUCAGAAAGUUGUAUGGCAACCACCUCCGGCGCCAAAUAGAACUGGCAGACAUAGACAUUCAGUACAAGAAGAAAAAGAUGGAAAAUCUUGCACUGGAGUCCGAAAUAAAAAAGAGGACAAUUAGGAAACUGGACCUUGAAAUAAAAAAACUUGAGAGGGAGCUCCAAGAAGAUGACACAGCUCAAAAUAAAAAUUAGCAAUCAGUACAACCAAGUCAUCGUUAUAAGGCAUCGCCCUCUUUUGCCCACCCCCCCAGCACCAGGUGUGGCCACUAGCCUAUGAAGGCCCAAAAUUGUGUGUUCCUUUCUGCUCUGACAAUGGCAUGCCCAUUCGUGCGAGAUGUGGUGGAUGAAGAAGCACUUGUGCUGAGGAGAGCCUUCAGGCGAGAAAGGGUCUUCAGGGACCGGUUGGACCCACUGGCCUUCCCUGAUGACCAUCUAUAUGAAAGAUACAGGUUUUCUGCAGAUGGCAUCAGGUAUCUAUGCAGACUACUGGGUCCCAGGAUUAAGCACCGCACUGCACGGAGCCAUGCACUGAGUGUGGAGCAAAUGGUUUGUGUGGCCUUGCGCUUUUUUGCUAGUGGAGCCUUCCUGUACUCAGUGGGGGAUGCAGAACAGCUGAACAAGGCCACAAUUUGCCGCACAAUAAGGAGUGUGUGUCUGGCUAUCAAAGCAUUAGCAGAUGUCUUCAUCUCCUUCCCUGGCCACAGAAGACUCUGUGACAUCAAAGAGGAGUUCUA